CUGAUGUGGUGUGCACAGGAUGGACACAUGGAUGAAUACUCGGAUAGUGACCUUUAACACACUGUCUGGAAAGAUCUACAGACCUCCGUUAAUCCUGGCAUGUCCCAAAUAAAAGACUACAGUAAUGACUGUCACCACUUUCACUGUCUCUCUGCUGUGCCUGCUGCCUCAGGCGGUUCUGGCACGGUGGGCGUGUGUUCGGGCCUGUCCGCCGUCCUGCUCCUGCACACAGGAGAAGAGUUGCAGCGUGUUGUGCGACCGAUCUGGCCUGGCUGAGCUGCCCAAAGAGUUUCCCUGUGAGGCCUCCGCCAUCACCCUAGAAAAGAACAGACUGAAGUUCCUGGCAGAGAGGGCCUUCGGCACCCUGCCCUCCCUCAAGUCUCUCUCUCUGGACCACAAUAACAUCUCUUUCAUCACCCCUGGAGCCUUCAAGGGCCUCUCCAACUUAGUGUCCCUGGAAAUGGCACACAACGAGUACAUCAGUUAUCUUCAUACACGAACGUUCACUGGGCUGAAGAAGCUGGUACGUCUGGACUUGUCAGACUGUAACCUCUUCAACAUCCCCGACCGCAUCUUCAUAGAACAAACAGUGCUGAAGGAACUGCUCUGCUUCCAAAACAACUUCAGGAGGAUCCCUGGAGCCAUCAGAGGCAUGGAGAACCUGACUCACAUCUACCUGGAGAGGAACAAAAUAGAGGCGGUGGCCUACAACUCCCUGCUGGGCCUGGGUAGUCUCAAGUACCUGAACCUCCAGGAGAACCGCAUCAAUGUGAUCCAUGACCAGGCCUUCCAGGACCUUGUGCGACUGGAAAACUUCUACCUCAAUGACAACUUAAUGUCUGAUCUGCCCAGGCUUGCUUUCAAGGGCCUCAGUCACCUUAAGAUGCUCAACCUUGGGGGAAACCUGUUGACCAAUGUGUCCAGGACCUGGUUCAGUGACCUAGUGGAGCUGGAGAUCCUGUACCUGGACAGGAACCAGGUUCUAUACAUCGAGGAAGGCACUUUUGAGAAUCUGACAAGCCUGAUCACGCUCCACUUGAACAGCAACAACCUCACCACCCUUCCCUUCCCUGUUUUCCAGCCCAUAUACUUCCUUGGCCGCCUCUACCUCUUCAGGAACCCCUGGGAGUGUGAUUGUUCCCUUGAGUGGCUGAAGGAGUGGAUGGAGAACUACAAGUUGGUGCGGGAUAUCCCCUGUGCCUCACCUUCCUCUGUGGCAGGUCUGGAUCUUAGUGAGGUGGUCUUCGUCAAGGUGAACGGCACAUGCGUGGACCCUGGAGAGCUGAACCUGACCACAGCCUCCUCAGAGAUUAUCACCACCACAGAGAACCGCUUCAACAGCCUCAUUUCCAAGCUUCUCCAGCAGGAACUCAGAGAGGAGAUUGGGAACGGUACAGAGAGUCUUCGCAAUGGGACCCUGCUUGAGCAAGAGGAUGGGGUUCUCUCUUCCGGGGUUAGAGAGCAAUGGACCAAGGCAAACCAAGCAUUUCUCUGCAUCCUUGUAGUGUGGCACAUCUUUAGUUUGAUUGUCCAGUCAUAUACUAAUUUCUGUCUUUGUUGCACAUGAGAACUAUGACCCAAAGAAACAAACAGAGUAGUUUUUCAAAUUGCAGAUGAGAUAAUAGAAAGCACCAAGGAAUGAUCUCCUUUGCAUGUGUGGUUACCCAUUUGAGUCUGCCUGGCCUGAAAUGCAAAUGGGAACUCUCACUCAAAAAAAAGACUGACAUUGACAAGCUGUUUAUAUACAAUAAUAUACGAUAUUUAUCAAUGAUCUACUUAUAUAAGAAAAACCACAACUACAUGUCUGAUAUCUUCUCCUGGUUCAUGAACAGCACUGCCAAAGCUGUGUGGCUGCAGGAUUCAUUUCUAUAAGGCGGGUGUUGAUUUCAAACUGUGGAUUAGUGUGGUGAUGUGGUGAAAAUGUAUAUGUGAACUUCCACCUUUUGUUGCAUAAUACUUCAUUUUAAUUAAUAUUAUGUAAUAUUCAUGUAAUUACAUCGUCUGUUAUGAGUGUUGGUUUUUUUGUAUUCUCAUCCACAUCUAUGUGUAAAGGUAAGGGACAUAAGAGCUCCUGUAAUUAUCUCCUAAACAGAUGUCCUCUCUGCUCACUCUGUUCAUUCAGCUCUAAAUGGAAGUUCUAUAGCUUUUCCAUAAAUGCAUUAAUCUUCUUACGGCUCAGUCUUUGCUGCUUGUGUAGGCUGCAGAGCAAUGGAGGUACAUUCUCAUUGCUAUGGACUGUUUUCCUCUUAUGCACCAUGAUCCUUUUCUGCACGGGGGUGUGGUGGGUGUGGCUGCCAUAUGUCAGGUUGUGUAUGGGGGAGGGAAUGUUAAAGCUUGUCACUUCUCUUUGGAAUAAGACAUGUAUUUAGGUACAUUAUAGACACAAUUCAAACUAGUAAACUGUCCUUGAUUUACAACAUUUACAACUACUGCAAAGUAGUUUAUAUAUAUAGACUGUUCUGUCUCCUGCCAGCAGGAGGCACUGUUCUAUGUUGUUCAUAUGUGUGUUCAUUUUGGAUGUGUGGCAACAGCUAACAGGGAACGUGAGGAAGAGAGAAAGAAAGAGAGAGGUGACUGAGGUGUUCCCGUGUCUGCGUCCUUCCAUC